GCCUUUCCAUUUCCUCCCCCCAAUCCGCCCCUUCCCCCCCGCCCCGGGGGGCUCCGGAGGUGCGGCCGAGCCCCUCCGGCUGUGCCCGGCCCCCGCUGAGCCCCGCAGCCGCCCCGCAGCCGCCCCACAGCCGCCAGCCAUGGCCGCCCCCCUGGACCAGGCCAUCGGGCUGCUCGUGUGCAUUUUCCACAAGUACGCGGGGAAGGAGGGUGACAAGAGCACGCUGAGCAAGAGGGAGCUGAAGGAGCUCAUCCAGAAGGAGCUGACCAUCGGGCCGAAGCUGCAGGAAGCCGAGAUCGUCGGGCUCAUGGCAGACCUGGACCGCAACCAGGACCAGGAAGUGAACUUCCAGGAGUACGUCACCUUCCUGGGCGCCCUGGCCAUGAUCUACAACGAGGCGCUGCAGGAGUGCAAGAAGUAGAGCUGGGCUGCGCGGGGGCUCCCCGGCCGCCAAUAAAAUUCCUUUUUGUAACGUUUCA